AUGGAUUACAUACUUGCACUUAAAAAUGUGUCUCUGGAAGACCCAAUAGCGAAAUUGGAUGACACAGCUCUUGAGAGACUUCGCAAUCCACCUCGAGAGCCUGUUGUCAUAGAUAGUCUGAGUAUUCGGCACAGCAUAUCCUUGUACCUUGCAUUAGAACAUGCAUCACAGGAGGCCUAUAAUCGGAUACAGAGAUCUACCAAGCUCAAUUUUGCAGGAGCUGCUGGUGUUGAUGACAUUCUCAGUUUCUACAGUGUUGAGAAGCUUAUUGUGCAAUAUACUGGUGUCGAAUCGAUCAAGCACGACAUGUGUCCCAAGUCAUGCUUAGCGUUUACGGGUCCUUUUGCAACUCUUGAAUCCUGUCCAAUGUGCGAUACAUCCUGGUGGGAUCAAGCAAGAUUGUGUGCAAGUAACGGACAUACGAAAGUUGCUGCUCAAACAUUUAUGACCUUACCGCUAGGUCCACAAUUGCAGGCCCUUUAUCGACACCCUGACAGUGCACAAGAUAUGUGCUACUUCCACAAACAAGUUCAGGAAGUUCUCGCAGACCUC